AUGGCCGAUAACAAGCGCCACAGUGUGGGAGCGAGAGCAUCUGCGCAAGGACCAUCCGGAGGAACUGCGGGCCAGGGAAUGGCUGGUGCUAUGGUGCCUUUGGAGGUGGCAUUGAGCAGUGCAAUUGGCGCACGUGUUCGUAUCAGUACAGCUCCGGUCGCUGCCACAAUUGAGGGCACUCUGUUCACAGCCUGUCCGAUCACGAACCUUGUUGCCAUCAACACUGCCGGCGGAAAACAGACACAUGCAGGCGAUUACCAUAUCGUCCCGGUGUCGCGCAUACAAUCCUUCCAGCUUCUUUCUCUGCCGCCUAACGCCGAUGGGGCUUCCUUUUCCGAUGCCGUUCCCGCCCUGCACGCCCUUGAUAUCCGCUCGUUGAAGACCCGGGAGGCCAAUGCCGUCGGCAAACUACAGGAGAGUGAGGCCCGGCGAGGCAAAGGAGUCACUCGGGAAGCACAGGACCUCUUCGAUGCAUUCAGUCGCACAAUGCCGGCAAGGUGGGAUGGAUCUAAGAUCAUCGUGGCUGAUGCGGUCUCCAUUGCGGCCCCCUACCGCCCGGACGACUGCCGGCCAUUGGUGGCGGGUGACACGGCUGCUCUUGCCCGAGUCCGCAUGGUGCUCGAGAUGGAACGCAAGAAGAUUGAACUGCGCAACGCGAGUGCAACUAUCGGGGCGGGUGCUGCUGGACAACGUAAAGGAGGCUGA